UCUGCUGGCAGCAGAAGGUUUGCUCCGAGCGGAGCUCCAGAAGCUCCCGACCAGAGAAAGAGGGGACUGGAGGGAGACAGAGCGAGCCAGGGAACAGAGCAAGGGCGCAAAUGAAAGAAGAGGAGAAGAGGGAUGGAGAACAGUAUAACGGUCUAGAGAGUCAUUCUGGGAUAAACUGAGGAGCGGGCCGGCUGGAGAAAGGAGGAGAAAGAAAGGGUGCAUUUCAGGGCAGCAAGUGCUAUCUAACCUUAGCGAGAAAGUCCAAGUGGGAUAGAAGCCAGGAGCAGUUGGAAAAGGGUGGGAGUCCAAGGGAACCCCUACGCAACUCCCUUAGGAAUAAAGCUCCGCAGCCAACGCGUCCCUGGAGCUGCUGUUGCAGUCCGUAGCGGGUGAAAGCGACCGGGGCGGCUGAUCAUCAGUUGCCGGGUUGGCCUUUGGAGCGAGAGGAGAAGGAGGAGCAGAAGGAGGGAGCUGGAGGCUGGACGCGUUUGCAGGCGGCGGCGGCGGCGCGGCAGCGGCAGCAGCAACGUGGAGUAACCCAACCGGUCGGCGCGCACGGCCCGGGUGUAGGCCACAGCGCGCCGCCCCGGGAGCAGGAAUCUUGCCGCCUCGGCAGCCUCUGCUUCCCCUGCGGUACCGCAGCGAAUCCCCAGCGCGGUGCCAAGCGCAUCUGCCUCCCCGCUGCGCUCCAGGAUCGCCCGCAGCGCGCGCACGCACACGCGCGCGCGCUCAGACACACCACAUACACACACGCACACGCACACACACACACACACGUGCGCUCCUCUGCUCCGGAGCUGCUGCUGCUCCUGGUCUCAGCGCCGCAGUGGAAGGCACGGGCGAAUUUCUCCUUUAAAUAUAUAAAUUACAGCCCGGGUCAGCAUCGGCGGCCCCCUCACAACGCUCCCGGCGCCCCUCCCGUCAGUUCUCCAGCUGCCAGCCCCGGGACCUUUUCAUCUCUUCCCUUUUGGCUGGAGGAGCCGAGUUCAGAUCCGCCACUCGGCACCCGAGACUGACACACUGAACUCCAUUUCCUCCUCUUAAAUUUAUUUCUGCUUAAUAGCCACUCGAUUCUUUUUUUCCCCCCUCAUCUCGUCGCUCCAAGAAAACUUUUUCUUACUCCGUAAAGUCAGGGUUCCAUUGCCCAUCCCAUAUUAAUAUUUCCACUUUGGAACAACUUGCAUUUUCUUUUUUUAAGGAAUUCAGACAAGAUACAUUUUUCUACUCAGCAUUGACUCGAUUGUUUGCAAAAGUUUCGUAUUAAAAACAAACAAACAAUUCUACCCAAUCUAUGCUUUGAGAAUUAUUGGCCUCUAUUUCUUUCUUUUUUUUUUUUUUUUUCUUUCUUACUUAACAAAACAAAACAAAACACUUUUUUCCCACCUUUUUUAAAAAAUGCACUACUGUGUGCUGAGCGCUUUUCUGAUCCUGCAUCUGGUCACGGUCGCGCUCAGCCUGUCUACCUGCAGCACACUCGAUAUGGACCAGUUCAUGCGCAAGAGGAUCGAGGCGAUCCGCGGGCAGAUCCUGAGCAAGCUGAAGCUCACCAGCCCUCCAGAAGACUAUCCUGAGCCCGAGGAGGUCCCCCCGGAGGUGAUUUCCAUCUACAACAGUACAAGGGACUUGCUCCAGGAGAAAGCGAGCCGAAGGGCGGCCGCCUGCGAGCGCGAGAGAAGCGACGAGGAGUACUACGCCAAGGAGGUUUACAAAAUAGACAUGCCGCCCUUCUUCCCCUCGGAAACUGUCUGCCCAGUUGUUACAACACCCUCUGGCUCAGUGGGCAGCUUGUGCGCCAGACAGUCCCAGGUGCUCUGUGGGUACCUUGAUGCCAUCCCGCCCACUUUCUACAGACCCUACUUCAGAAUUGUCCGGUUUGAUGUCUCAGCAAUGGAGAAGAAUGCUUCCAAUUUGGUGAAAGCAGAGUUCAGAGUCUUUCGUUUGCAGAAUCCCAAAGCCAGAGUGCCCGAACAACGGAUUGAACUGUAUCAGAUCCUCAAAUCCAAAGAUUUAACAUCUCCGACCCAGCGCUACAUUGACAGCAAAGUCGUGAAAACAAGAGCCGAAGGCGAAUGGCUGUCCUUCGAUGUGACUGAUGCUGUCCAUGAAUGGCUUCACCAUAAAGAUAGGAACCUGGGAUUUAAAAUCAGUUUACAUUGUCCCUGCUGUACCUUUGUACCAUCUAAUAAUUACAUCAUACCAAAUAAAAGUGAAGAGCUAGAAGCAAGAUUUGCAGGUAUUGAUGGCACCUCCACAUAUACCAGUGGUGAUCAGAAAACUAUAAAGUCCACUAGGAAAAAAAACAGUGGGAAGACCCCACAUCUCCUGCUAAUGUUAUUGCCCUCCUACAGACUUGAGUCACAACAGUCCAACCGGCGGAAGAAGCGUGCUUUGGAUGCAGCCUAUUGCUUUAGAAAUGUGCAGGAUAAUUGCUGCCUACGGCCACUUUACAUUGAUUUCAAGAGGGAUCUUGGGUGGAAAUGGAUACAUGAACCCAAAGGGUACAAUGCCAACUUCUGUGCUGGAGCAUGUCCAUAUUUAUGGAGUUCAGAUACUCAGCACAGCAGGGUUCUCAGCUUAUAUAACACGAUCAAUCCAGAAGCAUCUGCUUCUCCUUGCUGUGUGUCCCAAGAUUUGGAACCGCUGACCAUUCUCUACUACAUCGGCAAGACACCCAAGAUAGAACAGCUUUCCAAUAUGAUCGUAAAAUCUUGCAAAUGCAGCUAAACUUCUUAGAAAAAUUGACAAGGCAAAAAUCAUGAUCACAAUGACGACAGCAAUGAUGACGUUUGUAACAAGAAAACUUGGAGAGCCUUGUUUCAUCAGUGUUAACGGAUUUUGGAAAAAGCGGUACUAGUUCAGAUACUUUGGAAGUUUGCGUUCUGUUUGUUAAAACUGGCAUCUGAAACGAAAAAGUGGAAGGCCUUAUUCUACAUUUCACCUACUUUGUAAGUGAGAGAGAGAAGAAGCAAAAUCUUUUUUUUUUUAAAGGAAAAAAUAAACACUGGAAGAAUUUGUUAGUGUUAAUUAUGUGAAAGUAAAAAACAAAAACAAAAAAAAAAA